AUGGGGGUGAUUGGACAGCCUACUUUCAUCGCCUUGAAUAUAGUAAUUUUACAAGUCGAGGGUUCUAAUACGUACUGCUUCAUAAGGAAACUCUCGAACGCCGUUGUAACGGUAUUAGGCAGGGCAUCGCUGUUAGACCUAGCUCUGAUAUACCUAGACAGGUAUAUUGCCAUAAAGCACCCGUACAGGUAUACAAAUAUGGUCACAACAUCUCGCAUUCUCUGUUCUUCCGCUUUUGCGUGGAUUGUGGCUCUAGUCUCCACUGUAACUUCAUUCGUUUCUAACAACAAUCCCUUAGGCCAGUUAACCAGUGGUAGCACGAUCAUUGUGUUUUCCUGUGCAGACAUCAUUAUUUUCUGUCAAGUUGUUCUUUACUAGGAAGCUCGCCGCCAAGAAAAACAGAUCGCUGCCCACAACGUUUCAGAAGACGACAGACAAAAAUUCGUAAAGGAGAAGAAAGCUCUUAAACUCACAACGACAGUUCUUUUCUUCUUGGUACUGAGCUUUUCACCUUUGAUUGUUGUUACUAUACUUAUCAGAAUCUCCUUUAUCCAGUCGAUACAUGCAGCACGCAUUGCGAAAAAGACAGCAGGCUUUCUGAUACUACUUAAUUCGCUUAUAAACCCAAUUAUUUACUGUAUUAGAAGAAGACAGUUUCGGGUAGCUUUCAUUGAAAUACUCUUCAGAAAAAGUAACGUACAGGCUAAAGAAAUUGAAGUGCAAGUGAAAAGAGCACGAGAAGGAUUGAAAUGGCGAGGUCAAACUCUAGAACAGGAAAAUUCACUCAGCACUGCCAGCCCACAGUUGAAUGCGGCGUCAACAAUAUUGGCUGCGACAAGGAUCAAUACAGCAAUGCCGCCGGCAUUACUCAUACCAAUAGUAACUAUAAACAACAUCAUGAGCGACAAUGAAAUUGACAACAGUGGCAACAGCCUUGGCAGUAACAACGGCAAUGAUAACAGUCACAACAAUAGCGAUCACAUUGGCAUUGCCACUGGUGACACCAAGAGCGACAAUGACGUUCGUAACAGUAAGAACCACAAUGACAAUGAUAGCAGUGACGCCAACAUUGGUGAAAUGUGAAAAUGACUUUACAAACUAUGAAAGGCUGCAGAUCGGAAAUUUCUAUUGGACGGUUUCAAAAAGGAAAAAGUUACAGUUGACAAAUAAAUGAAAUAAAAAUGGUAAUAUGGAUAAGAACUAGAUAACAAGAUAAAGAAGAAAAAAUUAUAAAAAUAAAAAAUUGUAAAAGUAGAAACGAAUAAGCAAGAAUUUAUUUUUCGACAUUUUUGGCUAAUUUUACUUUUUUUGUUUAAGUGGGCGUAUCAGUAUAGUCAUCUUCCUGAAUUCUAAAUAUCAAAAAGUAAUUUGCGGAGUGUCGGAUCUAUUCUUAGGGAGAUGUCGGAUGUGACAUGGUAUCUCAUUCCAAAGCUUAGUCCCAAAGCGAGAGAACGAAUAGUGACAUCGAUCACAACAGUUGUUUUUGUAUUUCGGUUAAAAUUGAUUUUGCGCGAUUGACUGGAUUUUUGGUAGAUCCGUAACAUUGAGAUAUCUUUUUAUCGAAACCGAUCUAAUUUAUUGCCCUUCUGUUCAAACUGAUCGCACUCCCUGUAAAAUGAACCACUAUCUUCUUUAUGCCUUUCUAAGUGCUAAAUUUUGCUUAAAAUUCUCAUUACGGACUUGGAUUCGGUCCUUAAGAGUUCAACCCUAGCGACAUUCGAUUAUAACAGGCAAAUUAUUAAGUGAGUUGGAAUAGUCUUCAAGGACUCAAGUUCAAACUACCUGAUUAACAAUUGACAGGAUAUCCACUAGAUCCGUCACAGUAACAUAUCUUUUGUUUGCAACCAGAUUGAUUUGCUGGCCUUUUAAAGACACUCUAAACUCAAUCUACUAUUUCCAUUUUAAGCGACUGUAAGUGUACAGUUGAACCUCUAUUAACCGGCCACCUCUUAAGCGGUAAGUACCCAAAAUUCCGAAAAUAUUGUAGAAUCAGAAUUUUGUUUUUCGUAUGCGGCCACUUUAAUCUGCUGGCUUUUCAAAGUCACUUACCAUAUAUAAACUGAAUCUACUCUUCUGUUUAUGAAUGUUUAAGCCCCAAAUCACAUUCAGACGGCGAAAGGCGAAUACACACUGCAACAUGCAAGUCACUUUCUGUAGCACAACAAUUUUUAUAAUUUUGCAAAGUUAAUUCCUCAUUUCCAAAGUUUUGUGAAUGAGUUAUGGGAAAGAGUAAGUUGUUUAGUUUUCGAAGAGAAUUUCGCGUUUUUCAUUUCAAUUCAUUUCACUUUAUUUUUCCUUUGUUGUGUUUCUCCGUUCGCAUUACUUACAAAUCACAUUACGGUAAUUAGAAGAACGCUAAUUGCUAGUUUGCUCGCCGACUUCCUACUAAAUAAUUUGACUCUUGAAGUACUGUACAAAGUAAAGUGUUUCCUGCGACGCAACUAGUCGCACUUGUGUACUCUAAUGUUCAUCAAUUGUUAAGAGAGAGAGUAAAGCCAUUACGCAUGAAGGAUAUAAAUUUAGUUCUUGAUUGCCUCGAAAAGAAAAGCUGAGAACAAGAUGAAUUCAAGCGCAUCUUCCGGUAGCGAAGUCAUGACUGCGAUGUAGCUAAUCGCACUUGUGUACUAAUGUUCAUCAAUCGUCAAGAGAGAGUAAUGCCAUUACGUCUGAAUGGUAUAAAUCUUGUCCUUGUUUACCUCGAAAAGCGACAACACUGGCAAAAGAUGAAUUCAAGCGCAUCUUGCGAAGGACAGAUUGUUGCUUUUAAUUCCACACAAGCUCCUGCGGCAACUCUUAUCUUAAUAAUCACGAAUACAAUUACUGCCCCCGUUACAAGUUUAUUGAACGGACUUGUCAUAAUCGUUGUGAAAACAAAACCCCGAUUGAAAACCAAGUCCAAUAUAGCCCUCGCAUGCUUAGCGACCACAGAUUGUUUCAUGGGGUUGAUCGGACAGCCUACUUUCAUCGCCGUGUGCAUAGUAAAUUUACAAGCCGGGACUUCUAAUACACACUGCUUCAUAAGGCAACUGUCGAAGGCCGUUAUCACGGUAUUAGUCAGGGCAUCGCUGCUGCACCUAGCUCUAAUAUACCUAGACAGGUAUAUUGCCAUAAAGCACCCGUACAGGUAUACAACUAUGGUCACAGCAACUCGCAUUCUCUAUUCUUCUGCUUUCGCGUGGACUUUGGCUCUGCUGUCGACUGCAACUUCUAGUUUUCUUAACGAAAAACUAUACAAACCGUUAACUGAUGGCAACAUUAUUGGGUUCUUCUGUACAACUAUCAUUACUUUUUGUCAAAUCGUGCUUUACUACGAGACUCGCCGUCACGAAAAACAAAUCGCUGCCUACCAGGUUUCAGAAGACGACCGGGAAAAGUUCGUAAAGGAGAAAAAAGCGCUUAAACUCACAACGACUGUUUUGUUCUGCUUGCUACUGACUUACUGUCCUGUGCUUGUUAUUGGGAUACUCAUGAGAAACACUUUCUUCCAUUCUUUAAAUGCAGCACAUAUUGCUUUAGGGAUAGCGAGCUGUCUGAUACUACUUAAUUCGCUUAUAAACCCAGUUAUUUACUGUAUUAGAAGAAGGCAAUUUCGAGUAGCUUUCAUUGAAAUACUCUUCAGAAAAAGAAAUGUACAGCUUCAAGAAAUUGAAAUGCGCGUGAAUGGAACUUGAGAAGGUCUGGGCGAAGUCAAAAUAAUCAAUAGGAAAAUGUAACAAAUAGUGCAAACAGUAACCAAAAAACUAACCUCAAUUACUACGUAUUGUUACUCUGCCUUGACCGGUCAAUUGAUAUUACGUUGUAGGUGUUUUGUGUUUUAUGCAAUUUAGUUGAGAAAACCCACUUUAGAAAAGCGUGGUGGUUUCUUUGGGCCUUUUCUCCUAAAAUCUGUAAUUUUUAUCAUAAUUGUAACAUUAAAGGGUGGCGAAAUAAAAAUAGAUAAUAAAUAAUUAGUACGUGUUACCAAAUGGUGACGAGUGGAACUAAGAAAUAAUUUCGCGCUAGCAUCCUUUUCGGGGCGCUCUAGCGGCAGGGCAGGAACAUGCAGUCACGUCUCAGGAAUUUCAAAUUCUGAAUCGAAAAAGUCGAUGCAAAACGCUGAUUGAUGGAGAUGACAUUAGUAAUGACGUCAUUAUUCUUGGCGCGUGUUUGAAAUAAAGGGCUGACAGGCUGAACACGACUCAUAAGUCUUAUUCACAGGUUAAAAAUGAUUUUACGUGAUUGACAGGAAUCUGACAAAUCUGUCACCUUAAGAUAUCAUUUGUUUGUCACCACUUUAACUUGCUGUCUUUUCAACAUAAACUAAAUCAAUUUUUCCUCCUACGCCUGUAAAAGUGUUGGCUUUUCCUCCUCAAUUCAACCCCAAGCAACUUCAAUCAAAUCUGACAACUUGAGUUCAUUGGAAUACUCUGAAAGGACUCAGGUUUACUUCGGAAGCCUUCUCGCAACUUAAUUUACAAAUAACAUUUGCACUAGAUUCGUCACAUCAAGCUAAUUUUUAGUAUGCGACCACUUUAAUUUCUGACUUUUAAACGGAAUUUACUCUUUCCGUUGAUGUCCUUUAAGUACCGAAUUAAGAGCACAUCAGCGACACUGUAGAAUUAUGGUGUUUAAAUAAAGAUAUACCAUUGUUUUUAAAUACAGCUUUUGACACUAGCGUACAAAUGCCACUCACUGAAAACGCAUUGGUUUAUGUACAAACUUGCCCCCGAGCACCCCACCCAUCAGCACCUCUAUCCCCACCCCCCUCCCACCAUCUACCGUACAAAAAGUCUGUAAAAUUUCUCGACUUUCCGGAGCUAUGUCUAUAGAGUAUGAGAAAGACAGAAAAAGAAAAAGUGGGCGGCAGGCAAGCGAAGCUCAACGAGAAUAAGGGCGACAGAGAUCUAGAGCGAGAGAUAAAAACAAAGGAGACACUUUUUUGGUGGAAGAACAACAUGGAAAUUUUGAAGCAGCGGUGAGAAAAUGAGAAAUGCUAGCGGCCACCAAUGCAAAGUGACAAUGAGCGGCAGUGAAAAAAAUUGAACGACAACACGUACGACAUUUCCUCCAUAAAACGUGUAACUAAAAAGUUUCUGGAAGGUUCACGUUGUAGUCGUGCAAAACAACGGCAAAGAAAUGUACAAAAUAGUGUACUGCACCCGCAAAGUUGCUUUCUCGCUAAUUAGACAUAUUGUUGUUUUUCACCGUUCUCCGGCGUUGCCAUCGCCGCUUAGCAUUACGAUUUUAUAUUUUGUUUGAACAAACUAUGAAUAUUAUCGAGAGCUUCGCUUUUAGCCCCGGCUAAAUCUAUAUACUAUAAGCUCUACAAAAAUGAGGUCUAUACUGAGAGGCUAGUCGAUUUUCAUAAUGCUGAAUCUGAUUACUACUUAAAAAGAGGUUAUGAAAGCUACUAGGCAGGAGGUUAUGCUGACAGGAAUUCAAAUGAAAAUGAAUCAAAUUCCACUUUCCAAAACUAAUAUAAGCCCGGGUUUUUUAAAAAAUGGAAACCCUGUACAAUGAACGUAGGAAAAGUGUUGUUUAAAAGGAAAUGUAACUGAAUAAAACUAUGGACACCACUGCAAGGUAACCCUUGUGUAGCAGUCAAAAGAAAGAAUAUAUACACUCAACUCAAAUGAGAAUCAACUUAAGUGCGCCUUCCAAAGCAAAUAUUGGACUAACAGUGAGGGAAAUAGUCUUGAAAGACUCAAAUUCACUUUAGUAAAGUUCUCUCUUGAUUUACAAUUAACAGAAUAUGCACUUGAUCACGUCAGAGUAACUUGUCUUUUGUUUGUGGCCAAAUUGAUUUCCUGGCUUUAAAAGACACUUUACAUUUAUGCCACUGUAAGGGCUCUUUUGAAUUUCGUUUACUUUGGAAUAUACAUAACAAUAUAUAAACCACUUUCUUUAGCAAAACAACUUUCUUCAUAAUUUUGCAAAAAGUUACAUGUACAGUUGAACGUCCCUUACCCGGCCACCUAUUAAACGACCGCUCUCUUUUAAGCGGCCAGUAACCAAAGUCUCGGAAAAAUUGCUAAACAGAAUUAUAAACUAAACGUCUAUCAAGCAGCCGCGGCCUCUAUUUGAAAAUGAUGAAGAGAGUUCUGCUAUUGUUGUCACAUCUGUUAAGCGGUCAGUAAGCGUUUGAUACACUUUGUCUGGCUUUGUUUAAAAAUGUGAUGAGUUGACUUGAGUUAAGAGGACCUCGUCACAUAAUUUUAAGGAGACUUUGCUUGUUUGUCACAAUUCUGUAGUUAUGUUCAGUAUUAGACCAGUCUCUAACACAAAAUUUGUGGCCAGCCUCUAAAGGUGUUUAUUUCAGAAUAAAGUGACGUUUCUGCUAAAGAUUAUUCCAGUUUCUGACGUAUACAUUUAUUAGGUUAAAAUUUCGACAGGCAACAUGGCCUUAAAACAGCGACAAAAAACAGCUGAAUUGGUGACAAAGAACAUAAAGAUGCGUUGAAAUUGCGCCAGCGACGAAGACAGCCGCAAAUACAAAUACAUAUAUAGUAGUACCGCAGGGGAUUACUGCUCGACUUUAAAUUCAAAAGAGAAUAAUCGCGAUAAAGAUUGAACGAACGCUAAUUCACUUUUGACGCGACGUUACCCCGCCAUCGCAACGGUAUUAUCUAUAAGAACCUCUUUAGAGGGAAAAAAAGUUGCUUCCGGUCAAGUGGAAACUAAAGCUUCCGUAGUCCUUGCUUUAAGUCCCUCAUUUGUCUCCUAAGUGUUGUGCAAAGAAAAGUGUUUCCUGUGGAGAAGUUAAUCAUACUGCUUGUGUACUAAUAUUCAUCAAUUGUCAAGAAAGAGCUAGCAUUCAGUAAAGUUAGUUUCUGCUUACUUCGAAAAGUCAUGGUUCAAAUCAGGAUGAGUUCUAUCGCAGCCACGAACAGCGUACACUGCGAAGGAGAGAUUGUUGAUUCCAAUUCUACAGAGGUUCGUGCGGUAACUGUUAUCUUAAUAAUCAUGAAUAUAAUUACUGCCCCCGUUACAAGUUUAUUGAACGGACUUGUCAUAAUCGCGGUGAAAACAAAAUCCAGAUUGAAAACCAAGUCCAAUGUAGCACUUGCAUGCUUAGCAAACACAGAUUGUUUCAUGGGAGUGAUUGGACAGCCUACUUAUAUCGCUGUAAACAUAGCAAUUUUACAAGCCAGGACUUCUAAUACAUACUGCUUCAUAAGGCAACUGUCGAGGGCCGUUCUCACGGUAUUAGUCAGGGCAUCGCUGUUACACCUAGCUCUAAUGUACCUAGACAGGUAUAUUGCCAUAAAGCACCCGUACAGGUAUACAACUAUGGUCACAGCAACUCGCAUUCUCUGUUCUUCCGCUUUUGCGUGGAUUGUGGCUCUGCUCUCGACUGCAACUUCUAGUUUUCUUAACGACAAACUAUACAAACCGUUGAAUGAUGACACCAUAAUCGCGUUCUUUUGUACAACCAUCAUUACUUUCUGUCAAAUCGUGCUUUACUACGAGACUCGCCGUCACGAAAAACAAAUCGCUGCUCACCAAGUUUCAGAAAACGACCGGGAAAAAUUCGUAAAGGAGAAAAAAGCGCUUAAACUCACAACGACUGUUUUGUUCUUCUUGCUAAUGACUUAUUUACCUGCGGUUGUUAUUGGAAUACUCAUAAGAAACACUUUCUUCGAUUCCUUAAAUGCAGCACAUAUUGCUUAUGCGAUAGCGGGCUUUCCGAUACCACUUAAUUCGCUUAUAAACCCUGUUAUUUACUGUAUUAGAAGAAGGCAAUUUCGGGUAGCUUUCAUUGAAAUACUCUUCAGAAAAAGUAAUCUACAGGCACAGGAAAUUGAAAUGCGAGUGAAGGGAGGACGACAAGGUCUGGGAUAGCGAACUCAAAAUAAUCAAUAGUAAAAGGUAACAAAUAAUACAAACAGUAACCCAAAAAACUAACCUCAGUUACUACGUAUUUUUACUCUACCUUUGCCGGUCAAUUGAUAUUACCCCGUAGGUGUUUUAUGCAAUUUAGUUGAGAACGCCCACUUUGCAGCACAUAUUGCUUAUGCGAUAGCGAGCUGUCUAAUAAUAUUUAAUUCCCUUAUAAACCCAGUCAUUUACUGUAUUAGAAGAAGAGAAUUUCGAGUAGCUUUCAUUGGAAUACUCUUCACAAAAAGAAAUGUACAGGUUCAAGAAAUUGAAAUGCGAGUGAAUGGAACUUGAGAAGGUCUGGGCGAAGUCAAAAUAAUCAAUAGGAAAAUGUAACAAAAAGUACAAACGGUAACCAAAAAAGCUAACCUUAAUUACUACGUAUUGUUACUCUGCCUUGACCGGUCAAUUGAUAUUACCCUGUAGGUGUUUUGUGUUUUAUGCAAUUUAGUUGAGAAAGCCCACUUUGCAAAAGCCUCGUGGUUUCUUUGGGCCUUCUGCAUUUUCUCCUCAAAUCUUUGUAAUUUUUAUUAUAAUUGUAACAUUGAAAGGUGGGGAAAUAAAAAUAAAUAAAUAAAUAAUUAGUAUGUGUAACCAAAUGGUGACGAGUGAAACUAAGAAAUAAUUUCGCGCUAGCAUCCUUUUCGGGGCGCUCUAGCGGCAGGGCUAAAAAUGAGGGAGAACUUGCAGUGACGUCUCAGGAACGUCAAAUUCUGAAUCGAAAAAGUCGAUGCAAAAUGCUGAUUGACGGAGAUGACAUUACUAAUGACGAAAUUACCCUUGGCGCGUUUUUGAAAUAAAGUGCUGACAGGCUGAAUACGACUCAUAAGUCUUAUUCACAGGUUAAAAAUGAUUUUGCGUGAUUGACAGGAUUUUCACUAAAUCUGUCACCUUAAGAUAUCAUUUGUUUUUCACCACUUUGUCCUUUCAGACUAAACUAAAUCAAUUUCUCCUCCUACGUCUGUAUAAGUGCUGGUUUUUCCUUCUAAAUUGAACCCCAAGGAACUUCGAUCAAAUCUGACAAUUCAGGUUUACUUAUUUUAAAAAGCCUUCUUGCAACUUAAUUUACAAAUGACAUUUGCACUAGAUUCGUCACAUGAAGCUAUUUUGUUGGCAUGCGGCCACUUUAAUUUCUGGCGUUUCAAGUCACUCAAGUUAAUACAAACUGAAUCUACUCUUUGCGCGUUUAUGUCUUUUUAAGUACCCAAUUAAGACCACAUCAGCGUCACUGUAAAAUUAUCAUGUUUAAANAUCAGAAAAAUAAAGAGAUUUCAUUUAGCGAAAAACAUUUUUUGGGGUUAGUUGCACUUUAAAUAAAGAUAUGCUAUUCUUUUUAAAUUCAGCUUUCGAUACUAGCGUACAAAUGCAGCUUACUGAAAACGUAUUAGUUUAUGUACGAACUUGAGUAACAUGUGGCGGGUCACCCCACCUAUCAUGUAAACGUGAUCAAAUUAAAAUGAGAGAUUGUAUGGAGAGGCGGGUUACCUCACCUACUCGGGGUACCCCACCUGAAGGUACUGAACAGGCCCUAAGUUACACAACUUCGGUUACUGUAAAUCAUCAUACAUAUACUUCUUUCUUCAGCCUCUCUAUGGUUUGUACACAGAAAAUGUAAUCAAUUUUGAAUCUGUCUUCCAAAAAAAAACAAAAAAGCAGCUGGAAAAAGAAAGGAUUUUUUAUUCAACUGUCAGCGAACAAUGACAUCAAUCACAACAGUCUUAUUAACAGGUUAAAAUGAUUUUGCGCGAUUGACAGGGUUGUUUACUAGAUUUGUCACAUUAAGUUAUCACUUGCUUGUCACCACUUCUAUAUGCCGUCUAUUCAACAUAAACGAAAUCAAUUUUCCUCCUACCUAACGCCUGUAUAAGUGCUGGUUUUUCCUCCCCAUUUCAAUCCCAGCCACAUUCGAUCAUAUUAGUGGCUAAUUAAAUUGAAAUAGUCUUCAAAGGACUCAAAUUCACUUAACUAUAUAACCUUCUCGAUACUUAAUUAAGAAAUGGCAGUUUGACUAGAUUUGUCACAUUAAGUUGUUUUUUGGAUGCGGCCACUUUAAUUUGCUGUCCUUUCAAAUUCGCUCACUGGAAACUGAAUCUACGUUUGACGUUUCUUUUUUUUUUUUAAAGAGUCAACAAGUUAGCAAAUUACAAUCAGCCUGCAAAGGGCGAAUACACAGCGCAAUAUAUACAAUUUUUUUACAAUUUGCAAAGUUAAUUCCUCAUUUCCAAAGGUUUGUACAUGAGUCAUGGGAAAGAACUAGUUGUUUAGUUUUGGACGAGAAUUUGGCGUUUUUCAAUCCAAUUCAUUUUAUUUUAUUUUUCCUUUGUUGUGAACGCUCAUUGCUAGUUUGCUUGCUGACUUCUUCCUACUUUGACUCUUGAGUGCUUUACAAAGCAAAGUGUUUCCUGCGACGUAGCUAAUCGCACUUGUCUACUACUGUUCAUCAACGUCAAGAGAGAGUAAAGCCAUUACGCCCCUUGUUCUUGUUUACCACGAAAAGCAAGGCUCAACGCCGGAACAAAAUGAAUUCGAGCGCAUCUCCCGGUAGCGAAUUCAUAACUGGAUGCGAAGGAUGGAUUGUUGAUUCUAAAUGCACAGAGGCUCGUGCGGUAACUGUUAUCUCGAUAAUCGUGAAUAUAAUUACUGCCCCCAUUACAAGCUUAUUGAACGGACUUGUGAUAAUCGCUGUGAAAAGAAAACCCCAGUUGAAAACCAUAUCCAAUAUAGCCCUUGCGUGCUUAGCGACUACAGAUUGUUUCAUGGGAGUGAUUGGACAGCCUACUUUCAUUGCCCUCAACAAAGUAAUUUUGCAAGUCGACGGUUCUAAUACAUACUGCUUCAUAAGGAAACUCUCGAACGCCGUUAUAACGGUAUUAGGCAGGGCAUCGCUGUUACACCUAACUCUGAUGUUUCUAGACAGGUAUAUUGCCAUAAAGCACCCGUACCGGUACACAAAUGUAGUUACACAAACUCGCAUUCUCUGUUCUUCCGCUUUUGUGUGGAUUGUGGCUCUAGUCUCGACUGCAACCUCAUUCACUUCUAACAAUUCCUUAGGCCAGUUAUACAAUGGUAGCACAAUCAUUGCGGUUUGCUGUGCAGGUAUUAUUAUUUUCUGUCAAGUCGUGCUUUACUACGAAGCUCGCCGUCAAGAAAAACAGAUCGCUGCCCACCACGUUUCAGAAGACAACAGGCAAAAAUUUGUAAAGGAGAAGAAAGCUCUUAAACUCACAACGACAGUUCUUUUCUUCUUGGUACUGAGUUAUUCGCCUUUGGUUGUUGUUAAUAUACUUAUUAGAAUAUCCUUUAUCGAGUCGUCAUGUGCAGCACACAUUGCCUUAGCGAUAGCAUGCUUUCUGAUAAUACUUAAUUCCCUUAUAAACCCAACUAUUUACUGUAUUGGAAGAAGACAAUUUCGGGUAGCUUUCAUUGAAAUACUCCUCAGAAAGAGUAAUGUAGAGGCGCAAGAAACUGAAAUGCGAAUG